AUGGACAGGAGGAUGAACUUGAACGGAGGCGCAGGAGACAUUUUCCACAAAACUCUCAGCGCGGUGUCCUCCAAAAAGAUGGACCCCUUCAGAUCGUCGGCCGGCAUUGAGCUGCCACCCAGAGACCGCCAGUCGCCCAUCAGCUGUUUUGACCAGGCUGACCCAGACCCGAUUCAGCCGGGAGGACUGGCGGGAGGCAGAGGGGGCGCGCUGGGUCUACCCACCGGAUCUUUGUGCGUCAAGUACGGGGAGAGUGCCAACAGGACGUCGGCGGCGGAGAGCAGCGGCGGGGAGCAGAGCCCCGACGACGACAGCGACGGCAGGUGCGACAUGGUCCUGCUGAGCGACGGGCGGACGGUGCCCGCGGGAAAAGCCGAGGGAGGUAAGAAAACCAAAGAGCAGAAAAUGCUGAGGCUUAACAUCAACGCCAGAGAGCGGCGACGGAUGCACGACCUGAACGACGCGCUGGAUGAGCUGAGAGCGGUCAUACCCUACGCGCACAGCCCGUCCGUGCGGAAACUCUCCAAAAUUGCCACUUUGCUGCUCGCCAAAAACUACAUCCUCAUGCAGGCGCAGGCACUGGAGGAGAUGAGGAGGCUGGUGGCGUAUCUCAACCAGGGCCAAGCCAUCUCCGCAGCCUCGAUACCAGCCACCACUGCCCUGGCGGCUCCCGGGUUGGGCGCGUACGAGCAGCCGCCCGGAUACCCGUUCCCCUCCGGAGUGGCUGCGUCCUCCUGCCCCGAUAAAUGUGCCCUGUUCAACAACGCCACCUCCAGCCUUUGCAAACAGUGCACUGACAAGCCUUAA